ACUUUCUCGCUCUUCUCGCCCUCUCGCUCGGCUCCGACAUUCCGCUUGACCUAAAGCGCAAUUAAGCUCAACCCCGCCGUAAGGAAACUCCUAUCGCAAGCAGGCUUGCACCACGGGUUUCCCUGGAGUCGGUCCAAAACGCAUAUCCGCACCCUCGGCUGGCACGAGGCUCUGUCGUCAGCGCUUUACGAGCUUCUCGGACCCAAAAAAGUCGACUACCGGCCCAGAAGACACACUCGCCUCCUCUAAAAAAAAAAGCUCCCCGCAGUUAACCUUCUCCUGUUCUGUGCCUGUUUACGUCAACAGUCCGAGUACCGCAGUAGUAUGAUUGUCCACACUAUUCAGCCCCAUGGGCCAGCACCGGAUGCGGAUGUGGCGUCUUCACAACUUCAACAACAGAGGCAACAGCAGCAACAACAGAGAACCCAGCUACAGAACCAUCAUCAACAACAGCAGAGUGCCAAUACACAGCCUCCAUCGCAAUCCCAGAAUCAUCAGCAACCCACCCCUCAGCAUCAAUCCGAAAAGGGCCCACAGACCCCUCAACCCAGCUCUCAGCAACUUCAGCAGAAUCUAUCAGAAACGUCUGCACCCAAAGUGCAAACGCAGCCGUCAAGCCAAGCUGAACAAUCAUCGUCUAUAACGACGAACGGAAACAUUUCGAACGGUACAUCCAACGGAGUUACUACAACCCCUGUCAUAAUGCCAGGGCAAUCGCAGCUUCUUCGUGGCGUCGCCUCUUCGGGAGGACCCCCCCGCAACGGGGGCAACCGCACGGGCAAUGCCACUACCCUCGGCGCCCAGCCUACUUAUAUUAAUUUAUUGAUGGCCGGAAUUCAUGAGUUUCUCCAUCGCUUCAAUCUGGUGGUCGACGGAAAUUACGCUGUACCCCCUAUGGAUCCCAAUUUCGUGUUUCCCCUUCUGGCCCCCGACGAACAGGGGGACCCAGACGCUGAGCCGUAUCUACUCACCUGGUGGCAACUGCAUUGUGAUUCGAUGGUGAACACCAACCCGCAGUUGGCGGAGGCGGCCAACUUUCUACCUUCGCAGGAGAUCGCUAUAUACUUGCAGGGUCAGCGGGAGAUGCGAGACCCUGUCGUCGGCAACCAGAACUCGUUGCAGAGGAAAGCGAUGGCUGCUAGCAGGCAAGCUAACCUGAUUAGUCCUAGCAAAUCUGAGUUCGGCAAUCCCCACCCAGCGAUGGGUCCUUCCCCGGACCAUCGUCGGCCGCCAGGCUUGCCUGCCCACAUUCAAGGACGACCGGUGGUCCCGGGGUCGUCUCAAGCGCCGAACCAACCCACCACGUACCAGGGCCCUCAGCCAGUCCACUCCGGUGGCAACGGUCUGCAGGGUGGCCAACAACCCCUAAUUCAGCCAUCCCCACGCAACAUGCCGCAAGCCUCUCCUGCCGCUCAGAUGAUAAUGCAACCCGGCUCUGGCGUUCCGCAACCUGGUCCUAGCCCAUACAUGGGACCUGGUCAAGGCGGGCGUAUGAUGCAGUUACAGAAUCCAUCCCAAGUUCAGAUGGAGGAAGCUGCGAGAAAGAACUUUUUCAAUUCUAUCUUCACGCAGUUGUUCCCUGGUCGCGAUCCUAACUCGCUGACUGAGGCUGAGCAUUCAUCGCUUCAAUUGAGGGGAAAUGCUAUGUGGGCCGACCCCGUUCAAAAAAACCAAUGGAUGGAGGAACUGCGUUCUCGCUUCCAGAAUAGCGCACAGCUACGUCAACAGCAACUUCAAAUUCAGCAGCAGCAACAACUGCAAUUACAACAAGCCCAAGCUGCCCAAGCUGCCCAUGCUCAAGCUCAGAUGUACGGUGGCCAGAGACCGAUCAGGCAGCCGUCGGGCCAGUUCCAGAUGAUACCCGUUUCAGGUCCUCCGUUGAAUGGUGGUGGACAGGACCAAGACCCAGGCAACAGCCAGAAUCAAGACCAGCAAUCCGGACCAGCCAACAAACGAGCGCGUAGACGUGGCACCACCGGCCACAGUCCCAGCAACCCGGCGACCUCUGGCGCGGGGUCCGAGCCGCAGGGGCAACAGCUUGUCCAGCAAAGUCCACAAGUCCCGUUAGGGCAACCUGGGAACAAGAUGCCGCAACAGAGUCCUGUGGUUCCCACUGGCCCCAUGGGAGGUCGGCCCUAUAACCCUCAGCAGCAGGCCACGCAAGCGCAACAAGCGCAUGUUGCACAGCAGCAGGCUGUUUAUGCUGCAAUGCAAAGGGGAGAGCUGACUCCCGAGCAAUUCCAAAUGCAACUUCAGCAGUCCAAUUUGAUCCAGAGACGACUGUCGGGACUACACCCAAAUGCCCAGUCGCCACAGUUGGAUCCCAGAAUGCAGCCGAUACCAGGAUUCGGGCCGCAUCCUGAGGCCAUUAUGGCUCAAAUGCAUGCAGGCAAAAUAUCCCAGCAAGCGGCGUCGGAGGCACUGCGGUACUAUCACCAAGGCACCGGCAGGUCCGGUGCCUUACUCGCGCAGUACUCUCCGCAAGUCCCGCAAGGGCAAUUACCGCACGCGGGCAUGAAGCGGAAACUGGGUAGCGAUAUGGAGCAACAACAGACGCCGAUGGCUGGUCCUUCGGGACAGAUGCAUCCCGCGUUUCUAGAAAUGCAUCGACAGCAGCAGGCACAAGCUCAGGCGCAGGCCGCGGCACAGGCCCAGGCGCAGCAAGCACACGCCCAGUCGCAAGGGGAGCUCCAGCAACAACAGCAUUCGAGCGGGAAUCAACCGGGGUACAUGAACCCCACUGAACAACAACAUUUCUUAUCCACGCUGAAUGGAGGAAUGUCCCAUGUAAUGCAGCAAGGCGGGCCGAUGGAUCAACGACUGGCCGCCAUGAGCCACAAGGCUCAGAUGAACCGGGCUCUUCAACAGCAACAACAGCAGCAGAUGCUGGAAGCUGCGCAACAACAGGCUCAACAACAGGCACACGCCCACGCCCACGCCCAAGCCUCCGCGGCCGCGGCCGCUGCGGCAGCCGGUUCCUCACCGACUAGCAUCCAGGGCCGGCCCGGGUCCGCUCAAUCCCACCAAGGCGCGCAAACUCCCCAACAGCAGCCAGGUGGAAAGACCUCUGCGCCGUCGGCCCAGCAGUCGUUACAAGCUGCCACGCCGCAAGGCAACAACGCGAAUGCGGCUGCUAAACGGGGGAACUUCAAGGUACCCGCAGCGAAAGUCCCGUCGAACCAGAAGAAGGCUGCUGCGGCACAACAGGCUGCUCAACAACAGCAGCAGCAACAGCAGGCGGUGAACGAUGCUGCUGCUUCGUCUGCGACACCUACAACAAAGCCCCAGACGAGUGGGGCUGGAGCCCAAGCGUCGGCAAUGGCUCGGCCCGCUACACCUUCCGAAACGCCCAUCGCUGAAAUAAUUACGCCGGGCAUCGCUGCGCAACAACAGCAGCAGCAGGUGUCGUUGCCGUCGUCCCUUGCGGACCUCGCGUCGGUCACGCAAUUCUCACUACCGACGUCACUUGAUGACCUGUCAAACCUCGCUGCCGUGACCGGAAUGACAAUCAACACAACCACGUCCACCAACAACUCCCAGCCGCCCUCCGCGGGAAUCGACUUUGGUCUUGAGAGUGAUCUAUUUAUCACUGACCUCGACCUUACGUCGAUGAACGAUUUCGGGGAAGAGUGGCUGCAGGACAUGUUAAAUGGAGGCAGUGGGGGUGCGGGGGCUGGGGGUGUUGUGGGUGGGAGUGAGCUGGAUUUGGGACAGGGGGAGACGGGGGGUGCGGAGGGUGGGAUUUGA